GGGGGGCGGGGCUCUCACGGCCGUUUCAGCAUGGCCGCCGGCGCCGCGGCAGCUUUAGCGUUCUUGAACCAGGAGAGCCGAGUCCGGGCAGGGGGUGGCGGGGGCCUGAGGGCCCCGGGCCCGGUCACGAUGGAUAGUUUCUUCUUCGGUUGUGAGCUCUCCGGCCACACCCGCUCCUUUACCUUCAAGGUUGAGCAAGAGGAAGACACGGAACACGUGCUGGCUUUGAACAUGCUGUGCCUCACCGAGGGGGCCAAGGACGAGUGUAAUGUGGUGGAAGUUGUGGCCCGCGAUCACGACCACCAGGAGAUUGCAGUUCCUGUGGCCAACCUCAGGCUGUCGUGCCAGCCCAUGCUCAGUCUGGAUGAUUUCCAGCUCCAGCCACCUGUAACCUUCCGCCUGAAGUCCGGCUCUGGCCCGGUGCGGAUCACUGGUCGGCACCAGAUCGUGUGUAUAAACAACGAUCUUUCUGAAGAAGAAGAAAGUGACGAUGACAGCGAAGAAGAAAUUAAGCUGUGUGGCAUCCUUCCUGCCAAAAAGCAUAGGGGCAGGCCCUAGCCUCGGUCAGGUCGCUGCUUGCCGCAGGUGCCAUGCACCAUGUUCCCGGACAAGUUCAAGAAUGGUUUUCUGGAUGCAGAGGAUGGGGUGGGAGGGCCGGGUGCUGAGAGUCCUGUGUGGUUCCUGAGGCUUCCCUUUCUUUUCUGUUGGGGUGGGACCACCUUUGAACACCUCUUCUGACCCACCUACCCAGAUUCAGUCCCCAGAACUGAAAAAAAAAAUUCAGAACACAUUUUUAACACUUUUUACAUUUUUAGGUAAAUAUCUAAAUAAAGUGGUGUAUGGUUGUUUUGCAA